AUGGGUCUCCUCGAAUCGCUCGACUCGUCCAUCACGGAUCUGUUCGGCCAAUGGAACGGCUACUCGACCGCGUUGGCGACCACGCUCGUCGUGCUCAUCACCUAUCGUAUAAUGUCCGCAACGGAGCCAGAUGCCCACCCUCUACUGCUCGCCAGACAGUCCAUGCCGUCGUCGGUCCGCAAGGAAGGCGAGAGUGCUGUGUACCGCUCGCAGUCUGCGCCCCAUGGCAUGGCACUCAAUGCUGGGUUGAAUGUCAAGGAUCCUGGUGCGCCCAAGUUUUCGCGCGGACGGGAUGGCGAUUUGCGCGAUGUCUGGAGAAAGGCAGUCAGCGGUGAUGCCGGUGCCAGAGGACGACUGUUAACUGUGUUGGGAUCAGAGAAUGUGAUCGAACAUAAGAUGGACGACAUCAAUCGCCAGAUUAAUAUUAUCGGCCGGUACAUUGCUGAACAGGGCUCCAUCAAAGUGGCCAUCUAUCUCCCCAACUCCAUAGAACAUCUCAUCACUCUUCUCGCCUGUUCGUUUUACCCGAACCUCACCGCAGUCCUUAUCCCCUUCGAUGUCAGCGAGUCGGAACUCAUCUCUAUGCUCCGUCGCUCCGCUGUCGACACUGUUGUCACCGCCACGGGAUCAUUCCCUCUCGACGCUGUUGUCAAUGCCUACCCGUCUCUCCGGCAGCUCAUCUGGGUCGUUGACGAAGGCAGUCGCCACAUGGACUGGAACGAUGUCCCCGAGGGCAUGGGCUCGGCCGUCAACGUGACUACCUGGCAGGACCUCUUGAACGAUACUCCUGCAGCAGCUGGAACCGAGUUGCCCGCUUCUGAGGACAGUACCGGCGCUCCGGGUGACAUUGUUACCUUCUGGCAAGGUAAGCAGGGCGAAUUAGAAGAAAUGGUGCGAUUUACGCAGGCGAACCUGGCUUCGGGCAUAUCUGGUCAAAUCGCAGCCAUUCCCACGAGAGAACGCCUCACUCAGGCUGACCUGUUCCUCCCCGCGGAGUCGCUCUCCAACAUGCACACACUGACGCUCACUCUUGCGGCCUUGUACUCCAACUCUUCGGUGGCAUUCAACUCGGUGGCUGGCCGAUCGCCAGAUCUCGUUCUGGCCACGCAGGGUGUAGCGCCUACCGUCAUUGUCGCCAGCCCAGCAACCUUGCUUCGCACGCAUGAAGAAUCCACUCGCCGCCUCGGUGGUGGACUAGCCAAGCUCUCACACUCCCUGGCUACCAGCACUCUCACACAGCGCGGCGUCCACGGAGGUACAAACUUUCUCUCUGCCUUUGCGGCCGGGACUCGCCCUCGCAUUGGCACGGCACCUGGAAAGUUGCGUCUUGUGUAUGUGGCGGAGCGUGUUGGCGGCGACACGCCGCUGCUUUCAACCCAGAUACUGUCUGAUUUGAGAGUGUAUACGGGCGCAAGGAUAGUGUAUGCCUUGACUGCGGCGAGAGUCGCUGGUGCGGUUGCACAAACCGCCUUGUUUGACUACCGGCUCACGCCUGGCAUCGAGGCCCAUUUUGGCGUCCCGCCGUCGUCAGUUGAGAUUUACCUCAAAGACACGGAAAAGCACAACACUACGGACGAUAUCAUCGAAGGCGAGAUUGUGGCGCGUGGGCCGUGUGUCUCUGGUGGCGAAGCCCGUCUCGGAGUUGCUGGGAAGAUCAAUGAUGACAAUACCCUGUCCUAUGUGUAA